AUGGCGGCCGAUCCUGCGGCACAGCGUCAGUUCUUGAAAGAUAACGUCGAUGCCGACUUUAUCUUCCUUCUGGAAGAGCAUGGUGUUGACUUAGCGUUGCAGUACGCCAUUGGUCAGCAUUACAAGAGUAUCAGGACAUUUGCUGCUUUUGCCGAUGAUAGGGGGGCGGCUCGGACGGCCAUCACCGCGGACUUCGGCGUUCAAGCUGAGAGUGCGGCAGAUCGUGCUAGGAUGGCAUGUGUCAUCACUUCUUGGGAAGCUUCCAAAUUGAUUCGCGAGGAGGAAGCUAAGCUUCGGGCUGAGGCUAAGGUGUUGGGGGUCCAGAAGCCCCUCGUCUCUUCCGAUCGAGCGGCUAUGCGAGCUGCUUUGGAGGCGGUAAGGGGCUACUCUGUUCCAGAAUCUGAGGAGCCUGCGCUUGAGUACCUCGCACACAAGCUUGAGCAGAUUGAGAAUGGCGAGCCCGAACUCCGAGCGAAGAUUCGGCUCGAGGCAUCCACAUGGGUGAUGUUGGCCGCGAAGUGUCGCGGCAAGGACGGCAAAGGGGAAAAAGGUGGCAAGGACGGCAAAGGUGGCAAGGACGGAAAGGGCAAGGCCGAUGGCAAGAUCAAAAUCGGCGAGUCAUGGUUCGAUCUGGUCUCGAAAACACCGGCGGAUGUUCGCGCCUGGCUGGAGGUCCUAUGCACGUCACAGAACAUCAUUUUGGAGAUGUCCGAAGUCGACAUCUGCCGUGACCCAAGUAUGGAUUUGCUGGACUCUGCAGUGGCUGAUCGGUGCUUGCUUCAAGUCCAAAAUUCGGAGUGGGACGUGGUCUUGGUGACUCCGCCCUGCAAUACCUUCUCUCGGGCACGAUGCGUACAGCCGGGUCCUCGGCCACUGAGAUCACGUAUUUACCCUGCGGGUUUUCCUUGGCUUUCAGACUCACAUCGUGCUGCCGCGGAUAAUGGCAAUCAGUUUGUUUCCUUUUCUUUUCAGAUAUGCACGGCUGCCCUUUCGAAUUCUAUUCCUUUUCUGUUGGAGCACCCUGAAGACCUGGGUAUGACAACCACCGGUCACACACCGGCAUCUAUUUGGCAACUUCCCGAAGCUGCUGCACUUUUUACGCACGAGCAGGUCGUGACUUUUGCGAUCUAUCAGUGUCACUACGGAGCCCACACGCCGAAACCCACCAGGUUCCUUUCUUCUAUCGCAGCCACCUUUGGCAUGCGAUUCAUGGGGCCUCCUCGUUUUGAUUCUGCGGACAAGUAUCUGGGGCCUCUGCCCAAGUACUGUGGCCAUCGGCAUUCCAAUCGUCUUUUGGGUGCUGCCAACACUGCUGCUGCCGCCGCCUAUCCGCCUGAUUUAUGCAAGGCUAUCGCUUCCUGGACCUUCUCCGUCUUCGAUGGGGGAGGAGGUGCACCUUCGGUGGCUACGAUUCCCGAGGUUGCGACGCUACCUGAACAGGACGACAUUCCAUUCAGUGAACUGAAGUCUGGUUGCGAAGGGCCACCGAUGGUGGGGGAUUUCGCUGGGUCCUCGGAUGAGUUCGUCGAUGGGAUGUUCGUCGUGGAGUGUGUUCCGGACUUGGCGAAGUCGACUUUUCGUCUGGCGACGGGACACUGGAACGGGCCGCUCUUUGACCAGGGUCGCUUGGAAGAACUGAGGGAGGACUGGUUCAACAUGCUUCCUGAUCCCAUCCGGGCUCGGGAGAUGAUUCCUCAUCAACCCUUCUACUUGAGGGCGAUUUCUCAGACGCUUCGGAUUCUUGGAGACCCAGACUAUCGCAUCAUCGAGGAGGGGAAGUUCUGCUUCGUGAACGGUGUCGAGGUGGGGCACACGGCGCCAUUGGGGCCAGUGCCUCAAGUGUUCCGGAUCCGCAGAAAAGAUCAGAAGUACGAUGAGUCAACUUGGCAGCCGUUGAUGCAGAACUAUCGUGAUGGGGCUGAAGUUGAGAAGGCCCUGGAGGAGGCUUUCACCAAAGAGGAGGCAGAAGGACGCAUGUUCCCGCUUUCUUUGGCGGAGGCGAAAGCACGCUUCCCUGGUCCUGCGCUUCGCAUUGCCGCUCAAGCAGUGAUUCCGAAACCUGACCAUGAAUUCCGUGUGGUCCAUGAUGGGACCCACGGGGUUCACGUCAACAAUGAGAUUGUUAUGCUUGACCGUCUUGAAUCGCCUGGACCAAGGGAGAUUUCUUCGAUUCAGAAGCUGGGCAUGGUGGCAGAAGAGAAAGUCCUGUUCGGGCUUGUGGGAGACGUGAAAAAGGCGCACAGGCGAUAUUUGCACCACCCAGAGCAUUGGGGGGUGCUCGCUUGUAGAACGCGGAGCGAUUCAUCAGUCGUAUGGCUUAACCGCACAGGAACUUUCGGAAUUGCUUCGGCGGCCUAUUGGUUCGCCCGCUUGAUUGGUCUGGUGGGCCGCUUGUCUCUCAGAGUUAUGCUUCAGGCUUUUGUUUUCAUGCUUAUUUAUGCAGACGACCUACACCUGCUCAGCGGCGGUUCAGAUCGAUGGCUCAACCUCUGGAUGUCCCUUGCCCUUUUGUGCAUGCAGGGCACACCCUUCUCGGAGAAGAAGUGGCGCGGGGGACUGCAACUUGAUUGGGUCGGUUACUGGAUUGAUUAUGGCCGCUUUAAGCUUGGGAUUUCGGAGAAGAGAUGCCAGUGGAUCAUCCGAUCGAUUGAGGGCAUUGAGGGAGACGGCUGGCUUGUGGACGUUCGCCGUUUUCACGAACUCCAUGGCCGGCUAGGCUUUAUGUCGCAAAUCUUGAUAUGGAUCAGACCCUUCCUCGCGCCGGGCUACGCAUGGCUAGCGGUAGUCAGCAAAGGGGCGGUAUUGGCACUGCCCAACUUGAUCCGCUGCACCCUGCGAUUCAUUCUUGAUCGGCUCCGCGCAGGUUCACGAACGUAUCCUGCGGGGUUGGCGGAUAAGGAUUAUGGGGAACUCUUCAGAACCGAUGCUGCUUGCAACUCUGACUCUGUGGUUCUAGGCGGUUGGUUCCUUGUCAGGGGUGUUGUCUGUAAAUCCGCUCCUUGGUUUCAGAUUACGCUUCGUCGCGAAGAAGCCCCUUGGCUCUUCAAGGAAGGUCUUGGGAGCUCCUGGGCCAGUACCUCUGCUGAACUGCUAUCCUCGCUGGUAGCGCUUCAUCUGCUGGAGAGGGAUUUUCCCGAGGUGUUUUCAUGUCCUGGCUCUUUCAGGGCUUGCUUCGCUGGUGGAACAGACAACAAGUCGGCGGAUGCCAUUUCUGCCAGACUUCUCACGACAAAGGUCCCUGUGAUGUUUGUGCUGAUGGAAUACGCUCACCGUUGCGACUUGGCCGGGGUCAGAUGUCUCUUGAACUGGAGGCCGCGUGAUGCGAAUCAGGAGGCAGAUAGGAUCACGAAGAAUGAUUUCUCAGAUUUCUGUCCGGACCUUCGGGUCACUGUCAGCUGGAGUGAGUUGAACUUCUCAGUGCUUCCGUCUUUACUUCGAUUCGCGAACUUUCAGAGCACUCUGGAGGAUGCGCGUGCCUCUGCUUCUGGCGAAGGACAAUCUCCUUCUCGCAUUCGUUUCGAGAAGAGUCAGUGGGGCUGA